AUGGGCCGUCGCGCAAAGAACAAGCAGGGAGACCCCGCUCCUCUCGUCGACAAAAAUGCUCCGCGCGAAUCCGCGAAAAAGCUCGGCAAGCGCAAGGCUGACCCCGAGGCCACGCCUGAGAGCAAGCGACCUGCUAAGAAGGCAAAGGAGUCUGCGUCCGGUGCUACUUCCAAACCGAAGGCUAGCAAGGGGAAGGUUGCGAAGGGGAAACCGCAGGCUAAGGCCAAGGGCGAGUCUUGGGAUGACUUGCCGGAUGGAGGGAGCGAGGGGUGGGAGGAUGUCGAAGACAAUGCGAAUAUCAAGGCGCAAACAAAAUCCCUCUUUGAUGAUAGCGACGGCGAUGAAGCACAUGGCUUUGUCGGUGAUCUCAACGAGUUUGAGGAACUCGAGGACGAUGACGAUCUCCGUGGGCCGGCAAUGGAACUAGACCUAGGCUCGGACGAGGAAGACGACGAGCCAGCCGUACCCGCGACAAAACUGCGCUCAAAACGGUCGAAGCAGGCUGAGCGUCCUGCAAAGAUCAUCCCUACCGGCUCCGACUUGUCAGACUCUUCCGACGAAGAUGAAGACGAGGAUGGACCCGUGACUAUUGCGAACAUGGAGGCGCGCUCGCGUGCACUCGACGCUGCGGCCGCCCGCGAGGCAGAGCUCGACGAGGCAGAGUUACGUGCGGCCGCGGAGGGAGAGGAUGAUAGUGACUUCGAGGGAGCGGACGAUAUGGAGGGAGACGAGGCGCUUGACGAGGACGUGUUCGUACUGCCGACGGCCGAAGAGCGUGAGGCGGAGAAGGCAGCCGGUGGCCCGGACGUACAUUCCGUACAGAGGCGCAUGCGCGAGUGCGUGCGCAUACUCGGCAAGUGGAAGAAGUUGGGCACCAAGACUGGCAGACGCCGGGUCGAGUUUGUCGACCAGCUCUUGGCGGACAUUGCGAGCUACUAUGGCUAUAAUGACUUCUUGACCGAGAAGCUGUUCCAGCUGUUCUCGGUGCCAGAGGCCAUCGAGUUCUUCGAAGCCAACGAAGUUCCGAGGCCAGUUACCAUCCGCACAAACACCUUGCGCGCCAGGAGACGCGAUCUUGCCCAAGCGCUCAUCAAUCGCGGGGUCAACUUGGAGCCCAUCGGCAAGUGGACGAACGUCGGGCUGCAGGUCUUCGAGAGUAGUGUCCCAAUCGGGGCAACGCCGGAGUACCUCGCCGGACACUACAUGCUUCAGGCAGCAUCGUCUUUUCUGCCCGUUAUUGCGCUUGGUCCGCAGCCGCACGAGCGCGUACUGGAUAUGGCGUCGGCGCCCGGAGGCAAGACGACGCAUAUAGCCGCCUUGCUACAGAACACCGGCGUCGUGUUUGCGAAUGAUUCGAACAAGGCGCGCGUGAAGAGUCUGACGGCGAACGUCCACCGUCUGGGAUGCAAGAACGUCGUGGUGUGCAACUACGACGGCCGCGAGUUCCCAAAGGUUAUUGGCGGCUUUGACCGCGUGCUGCUCGAUGCGCCAUGCAGCGGCACGGGCGUCAUCAGCAAAGACGCAUCUGUCAAGAUCAACAAGUCGGAGCGGGACUUUGCACUCCUAUCGCAUCUGCAGAAGCAGCUGAUCCUUUGCGCAAUCGAUAGCGUGAAUGCCGGAAGCAAGACGGGCGGCUACGUCGUCUACUCGACUUGCAGCGUCACCGUGGACGAGAACGAAGCGGUCGUCGACUACGCGCUCAGGAAGCGCCCUCACGCGAAGCUCGUCGACACGGGGCUCGAGUUUGGCCGCGAGGGCUUCACGAGCUUCCGCGGGAAGACGUUCGACCCUAGCGUGAAGCUCACGCGCCGGUUCUACCCGCACGUGCACAACAUGGACGGCUUCUUCGUCUCGAAAUUCAAAGUGGGUAAGCGGAGCAAGGCGCCGUCUAAGGACCAGGACGCUGAGGCAGCGGGCAACGCGCCGAUGGAUGUGGACGGGGAGCAGGAGCCCGUCGGGUUCAAUGAUGAGGAGGAUAGGCCGUACCUCGAGGAGGCCAAACGGACACGCAUGAAGGCCAAGGGUCUGCGCGUCAAGCCGCGCAAGGUCGAGGCUGCGGCAUAG